UUUAAUUGUGGUAAAGUUAUGAGUAUUAAAUGGGAGGAAUACAUUUGCCUACUUCAAGUUGAAUGCAUAGAAGGUUAUGAACUUGAUUCAAUUGAUGCCUUAGGGUUGAAGCGCUACUUCAGCCGCCGUAUGCUUUUAUCUCAUGUUGAACUGAUCGACGAACGUCUUAAGACUGCUCCACUUGAGAAGCAUGAUGCCAAA